GCAGUGGCCACAGCUAUGCUCCAGGCACCGUCCCUGCUUCCUGUGCUGCUCCUGCUGGCCAAGCCUGCUCCUGCCCUUGCCUGGUCACCGCCCCUGUGGUACCAGUUGAGGCUGGACUUACAUCCCUGGGCGUGCGAGCCCAGCAGCCCGGAGGCCUGUGGGGGCAUCCUGGGCUGUACCGGCUACUGGACAGGCCUGGGAGGGAGCCGCGUGUACCCCGUGGCUGGCGUCAUGGCCACCACCACCAUGAUGCUAGUGAUGGGUCGUCCGAUGCUGCAGCGGUGGCGUGCACAGAGCCUGCACCCGGCCCCCAGCCUCCAUGGACCCGGGAAACGGCGGGUUCCAGUCUCAGACCGCAUCGUGCUCCUCAGGGUCCUUCACAUGCUGGAUGCCCUCCUGCUCCACAUAGAGGCCCACCUGCAGCGCCUCGCCACCCCAGUGCAAAUAAAGGAGACCCCCACCCGUCCAGGUGGCCCGACACGCGUGUCUCUGUCUGGUGGCCAGGCGCAGGGAGGGGGUGGCCUCACACCCUAUUCUUUCCUGCCCUGUCGGGGCCCUGCGGCCCUUUCCACGCUUGGAGCUAGUGGGCCCAUUGA